AUGGAGGGUGUAAAUCAGGGCUUCCAGGACAUCGGACAUGAUCCAAACUACUUGGAUCCGUUCUUCUAUCUUGAUUUCGAUGCCCCAGCUGACCCAGCCGGGUCUUCAGAUCUACCUACCAGCUUAGCCUUCCAAGAUGAUUCCAAUUUCAUCAGCUCUUUCAUGGCAACCUUACCCGGUUAUGAUUCGGCUUCUCUCCAAGAUAGCCUCCAUACCACACCCGCAGAUAAUCCAGCCAAUCCGUCAAACGACACGCCACUCACUUCUUCCGACAAGCGCAAAAAGAAGACACCAUCAAAGGCUGCCGGCCAAAGAGCAAAGCGCAAAAUUUCUAACUCUUAUACUUGCCCUAAAUGUAACGGUAAAGUCUCGAGUCUUCGGGCAUUGGGCGAUCACAUGAGAGAUGUCCACAAAAUGAAAGGGUUCAAGUGUGAUAAUUGCGAAACCAGAGUCACUAGAUAUGACAAUCUGGAAAGCCAUAAGCGAACCUGCAGAUCGCACACAACCGUGGUCGAGGGUUCUACUGCACCAACUACAGGUCGUCCUCACAAGAAACGUGGCCAGCGAGUUAACUUGUUAAAUAUCGCUUUGCGGCCUGAACCCAUGCGGUCUCUUCCACGACCCAGUUCUCAGGGUAACUCUGAGGGGACUAUGUUGAUUAUACCGCUAUUGGAAGAGGCCCAACAGGCCAACACCACCCCACCAUCGCACGUCCACAUGUCCCAGUUGUCGAAUCAAGGGAAUGAUAUUGCCCCUGGUUCGAACAACCCUCCUCCAGACCUCAAGCUCAAGGGCCAGGGUCUCAAAGCCCAGUUAGUCAAAACCAUGAUGGAGCAUGAAAAGGCAAGAUGGGAGGUUUAUAAUUUCAGGCAGCACCAUCCCGACUUGUGGGAAACUCUUGGUGAUGUUCGGCUCCACUAA